AUCAAGCCAGCACUUCUUGGGUUUGUCCCUUCAGCUACGGCCAGAUGGACAACGUUACAAAAGAAGAAGCGCAAUCAGCAGAGGAGAGCAAUCUUUCAAGUAUGUCUCCAGCAUCUAACAUGGAAGUCGUUCUACUAGAUAAAUGUGACGAUGUCGAACGCACUAUUGUCAUUACGGAUGCAACAGACGAUUCUCCAUCUGUCAACCAAAGAAUCAUGAGAGCUAAAAUCAAAAAAGGAUUCAAAUGUACUGAAUGUCCACAAACGUUCACAUCCCAAUCGAGAUAUGAUGAGCACAUGUCCACACACGAUGACGGAGAACUAUACCAGUGCAGGACGUGUUCAAAAGCAUUCCAAAGCAAAACUGGCCUUCUUAACCACAUCCGCAUACACAUUGCCUCCAAGAAGAGAACAUAUAAGUGCGCCGUAUGCGAGAACACAUUUGAAACGAACCAAGAUCUAAAAAAACACAAAUUAGUCCACGCUGGCAACAUUUUCUCAUGUAACUUAGCGAAGAAAUGCAGCGAAUUGACUUUUAACGAUCACUGUGAGUACUGGUACCACGAGUUGUCACAUUUUAACAGUUCAAAACAAAAAUGUUUCGAAUGUGGAAUGUAUAUUAACAAGCAUUACAUGAAAACACACAUUUUAACGCAUUUCGAUAGGAGGGAGAAGUGUGGAAUAUGUGGGGGGAGCUAUGAAAAUCUGGAGAAACAUAUUAAGACACACGGGCAGGAAGUUGAUUGUGUUGAGUGCGGCAAGAGUUUUAAAGAUAAGGGCGGGCUUAAACGGCACAUGUAUACGCACACGGGAGUGAAGAAAUACCAAUGUUUGUAUUGUGGGAAGGGGUUUAUAACCACGCAGAAGAGGAGGACUCACACGCUGAUGCAUACAGGCGAGAAGCCAUACGAAUGCGAUAUAUGCGGGCACAGGUCGAAGCAGCUGAUCGACUCGCAGAGGCACAGACAGACACACAGCAAGGAGAAAAAAUAUCAAUGUGAUUAUUGUAAGAAAAUGUUCUAUCACAAGUCGAGUGUGUUGGCGCACAUCCGCGCUCACACGAAGAGCAGAUUUUAUCAUUGUAAUCAGUGUGACUUCACCACGGCUACUAGAACGGGCUUGAGAUCUCACAUUACAUACAAACAUAUAGACGUGAAACCUUUCUAUUGUGCUCUGUGUGACGUCGGCUUCAAAGUGAAGUCACAGCUCGGAAGGCACCAUUUGACUAAAUCGCACAGAAAUAACGCAUACGGCGCUAUGAAAUUGAAAACUGAAUCGGAGAAUUGAUCAAUGUGUGAAUCAGGUGUCCAGACAAUUAAAUACGUGUCCAAAUAGUAAAACGAGUGCCUGGAUGAUAAAAAAAAUGGAAUUUGUCGAGGAAGCGGUCGGAGGAGGACUGACAGAGGCGGGCGUUCAAGAUCACUGACGGUUGUGAUCCUUGGCCCGCUCUCAUUAAUAAACAUUUUCGAAAAUUU